AUGGCUGUUGCUUUAUGGUUUUAUGAUGUCUGCAUUCCCAUGAACGCUGUGAACUCUCCAUUCUUUCCAGUUAUGUUAAGCAAAGCUGCUAAUUUAGGACAUGGAUAUACUGGUCCUUCGUAUCAUGCUUUGAGGGUUGGGUUAUUAAGAGAUGCAAAAAAACAUGUAUCUUUGAUCGUUGAAUCAUUUAGAAGCACUUGGGCUAGCACCGGUUGUACCUUGAUGGGAGAUGGAUGGAAAGACACUAGAAAAAGACCACUGAUCAAUUUUUUAGUGUACUGUCCAAAAGGAGUUACGUUCAUCAAGUCGGUUGAUGCAUCUGAUGUAUACACAAAUGCAGAGAAUUUGUGUAAUUUAUUUGCUGAGAUGAUGGAAAUGGUUGGCUCUGAAAAUGUGGUUCAUUUAGUGACUGAUAAUGCACCUAACUACAAGGGUUCAGGUAGAUUACUUGCGGAGAGAUACCCAAAUAUUUCUUGGUCUCCAUGUGCAGCUCAUUGCAUGAACUUAAUAUUGGAGGAUGUGGGAAACAUGCGUAAUGUUAAAGAGUUAGUUUCUGCUGUCUCAAAGAGGCAAGGUUGGAGGGAAAUCAUUCGUCCAGGAGAAACCCGCUUUGCUACCACUUUUAUAGCCCUUCAGAGUGCAUAUGCACAUAAAGACGACUUACAAGCUUUGGUAGUAGAUCAAGAGUUCAGGCAGUUUCUGAAAACAGAGAAAGCAAGAUAUGUCAAGGCUGUUGUUUUGGAUGAAAACAUGUGGGAGCAUUGUUUGUUGAUCGUAAGGAUUAUGGCUCCAAUGAUACGCUUGUUGCGUGUUUGUGAUACUGAUGAGAAGCCAUCAUUACCAUAUGUCUAUGAAGGAAUGUAUCGAGCACGUUUAGGCAUCAAGAAGAUAUUUGGAAAAAAGAAGGAAUUGUAUUAG